GGCGCAGGUGUGAGCGCGGCGGCAACGGCGGUCCUGGCGAAGCCGCGCCCACGGGCGGAGUCGGGGCGCCGGGCCGCGCGGCGCCAGGCAUAGGCGGCGGAGCACCCAGCCAAGCGCAGCUCCGCGGCGGCGACGGCAGGCCGGCGUGGGAGUGGUCGGAAGCCAGCGGCGUAGGCCCAGGGCGGCAGCAGCUGCGAGGAGGCAGCGGCGCGCCCAGCUGGUUUAGGCUGGCGAGUGGCGCAGGGAGGCCGAUCUUCGCAAGGCCGUAGUAGCUAAGCGUAAAGCCAAUCCGAACACAUCCUCGCACGGCAGGAGAGGAGCCUGUGCAGAAGCUGCUCGGCGCUGGCGGGAGCGCUUCCAGGCGCCCGGAGCUCCUUGGCGAGGGCGGGGGGCCGGGGUGAGCCAGGCCCGCCACGGAUACGGCCGCAUCCAGGCGGGUUAAUCCUGGCGAUGGCGCCGAGGGUCCUGGGCGGCUGAGGCUGUGCAAGGGCGGCGGCAAGCCUGAGGUCACGCGGUCAAACGCGGACAGCUGAGGAGGCCCAGGGCGCAAACGGCCGCGCGACGGCGGGGGGGCUCCCACAGUGCAGCGGUCGGGCACCGGCGGGCCAUACCCUGGGCGCGCCAUUCCAGGCGGUGGCAGCGUGGGCCCUGUGCGCGCCACCUGCCGCAGCGGUGGCGGGGAGCCGGGCCUUGCAGAGCAGGUUGCGGGCGCGGGUGCCCCAGGCUGCGCAUGGCCUCGCGACGGCAGCGGAGGCUCCGAUGCCGCGAAGCUCGUCAACAGUGGAGACGGGCCAGGCCGCGCCGCGCCAGCAGGCGGCGGCGCGGACUCCAUACACGCUGGCGACCUCAGAGGUGGUGGCGAGUCCAAGCCCGCAACGUCAAGAGCAAGCGGCGCAAGUCCUGGACGAGCUGCGCUCCUCGGCGUAAGCGGGACGCCAGCGCAGGCGCUGCCCAGCACGAGCAGCGGCGGGCCAGCUCUGGCCACGCCUGACAGCGCAGGCGCAGGCCCCAGGCGCGAGGACCUCCUCGGCAAGAGGGGGGCGCCAGACCGGGCGAACUCCAGUGCCAGAGUGGCCAGGCCUGGACGGGCGGGGGCGUGCGGCGGCAGCGGCGAGCCUGCGGACAUGUGGCCCAUCACUGGAAGGCCCGAGCUCGUGCGAGCUAGGCCGAGUGGCGCGGGAGGCGACCCAGGCCGCAUCAAGGACCGUGGCGAAGGAGAUGCGCCCAGCGCCGUCGUGUCGGAGGUUGGCGCGGCCAGCCCUGGGCGGGCGGAACUUCGCGGCGGUGGCGCCGCGCCAGCCCUCGUGCAGCCAGGCGCCGGUGGGGCGAGGCCCGGACUGGCGCGGCCAGACGGUGGCGGCGCUGGGCCUGGGCGGGCAAGGCGCUGCGAUGGCGGCGGCGCCCCCAGUCCCGCGGCAUCCGUGGCGAGCAGGGCAGGACCUGGCCUGGCGAGGCUGCGCAGCGACGUACUUGCGCCAAUCUGAAUAACUUCUGGCGCAAGCGGCGAAAACACUGGACCCAGGCGGGCAACUCCGCAUGCUGACGCGGGCGGGCCUGGAUGGACCAACGACCUCGGCAACGUCGGCGGACCUGGCCGCGCCGCGUCCAGCGCGGCAGGAGGAGGCUCCAAGCGGCAAAGGCUCUGGAGCGGCGGCGGCGCAGCGGGGUGCGCCGCAUCCGAGGCCAACGGCGAUGGGCACGGCCGCGCCAUGCCUAGUGGCAGGAGCGCUGGCCCA